GGUCUUAAGAACGGACGGACAAGCUUCGCACCGGGGCGCAUGCGCAAAAGCAGCGCGGUUACGAAAAUCGCAGUUCAGGCUGAUUCCCCCAAACUAAACUACAAGGAAAAGGACAGAGGCAGCACAGCGAUGGCAGGGGAAGAGGCUGCCGGUCAGAAUAAGGGCUUUAAGCUGCUGGGCAUCCUGGACGUCCAGAGGACACCGUGUGCCAGAGAAGCCAUCCUGCAUGGAGCUGGAGGCUCAGUAGCUGCCGGCAUGCUGUAUUUUCUGGCCACCAGUCGAGUGAGGCGCUCCUUUGACGUAGGAUUUGCCGGCUUCAUGCUCACCACUCUUGGGUCCUGGUUUUACUGCAGGAUCAACAACGCCAAGCUGCGCGUGCAGCAGAGGGUGAUACAGGAGGGCAUGAGGAACAAGGUCGUCUAUGAGGGAACCGUUCUGGACCCCACGAACAAGCCCAACGCAGAAGCUCCGCCGGGUCCCCCGUGACGUCCGGCACCAAAAACGCAUCUCUCUGUGAAAGAGGGAAUCAGAGGGACACAGACUGGGCCGUCUUUGACUGCAUGAGGAUGUGAAGAGAACAAACAAGCGCUCUUUGAUUUGUUUGAGUUGGUGGUUUUAGUGGUCUUUAAAGUUCCUGCAGCAGGGGGUCAGUCUGUCAAACCAAGACUUUUCAAAGUUGCCUUCAAACCUCCAAACGUGAAAAUCUUUUCCAAUACAAACAAGAAGCUGGCCUUGUGGUUUAAACUGUAAAUUAAGAGUUUUUUUAAUUAUUUACUCUGGAAUCAACUCCUAAAUUGCCAUGUAAUUUAUUUAUCCCAGAUAUGCAUUUCUGGAACAAUAAAAAAACACUUC